AUGACGAAUUUCGACCUAAGUUCACUGCCGUACUACGACCCGCGAAAACACCGCAAAGUGGCCUUAGUGACAGGUGGCAAUAGCGGUAUUGGCUGGUACACGGUUCUGCACCUAUAUAUGCACGGAUUUGCGGUCUACGUAGCUGGGAGAAAUGCUAAUAGGGUUUCCCGGGCACUGAAGGAUAUCAAAAAGGAAGCCAAAAACAGACUCAAGGCUUUGGAACCGAAGAACAGAAAUCCCGUGGGCGAGCUGCUGUAUUUGUCUCUGGAUCUGGCGCAAUUGAAGAGCGUUGAGAAAGCUGCCAAAAAAUUUCGGAGUUUGGAAUCCUCCUUGGAUGUUCUUAUAAACAAUGCAGGGGUUAUGGCGCUUCCGUACAGCGUCACCGAAGAUGGGUUUGAAAUUCAGCUGCAAACGAACUAUGUGGCUCAUUUUUUGCUCACAAUGCAGCUUUUACCCAACAUCAAACGGUGUCGGGGCAGAAUUAUUUCGGUCUCGUCGAUAGGCCACAACUUGGAGCUUUCCUACUUCAGUUUAUCGCAGAGUUUCAAUUACAAACCGAACAUACUAUUUACGUGGAUGCGGUAUGCAAUGGCUAAAACGGCGUGUAUUCAGUUUGCGAAAAUGUUGGCAAUCAAGCACUCGGAUGUCCUGUGUAUGUCUGUGCACCCAGGUCUAGUUAUGAAAACCAAUCUUUUCAGCUAUUGGACUCGGUUGCCCAUUGUUGGCAUUUUCUUUUGGUUUUAUUUCCAGCUAGUGGGAUAUUUUUUUGGCGUCUCCAAUGAACAGGGCUCUGUCGCUACAUUGCGAGCAGCUCUUUCGACAGAACUGGAACGGGAGUGGGACAACGGGAAGUAUCUGACCACUGGGGGACGAGAAGCAAAACCAAGCUACGUGGCCAAUAACCUUGAUAAUGCCGCUUCAACUUGGUUGUGGACAAUCCACGAACUACGAGACCGUGGGUACGAUUUUUGA